CCACACGUCGCCGAUGCCUGGGAUGGACAUCGUCUCGUGAAGCUUGCCGCGUGCUAGAUCCUCCAAAGCAAUCGUGCAGCCAGCGCCCGGGCCAGCCUACAGUCGGCCUACUCCCAUGAGUGUCCCUGCUACCGCGCCCGCUCGACCACGCCGCGGCCAUGUCACUCGCUCCGUCUCCAGAGCAUGAAGAUGGCGGGCGACUGAGAACGCCGAGCGGCGACGUGCUGCUCUCCAAGACGUGCCAGAACUGCUUCUCGCUGAAGAUCCGAUGCGACCGGACGCAGCGCGGCGACAUAUGCGACAGGUGCGCGCGACUGGGGAAGCAAUGCGUCUUCCGCCCGGCAAAGCGGCGCGACAACUCUGCGAAGCGCGACUCCCGCAUACAAGCCCUCGAGGCACAGGUCCAGGACCUGCUGCGCAUCAAGACGCCCUCGUACAAGGUCCAGCAGCCGCUGCCCGAAGCCUCGCUCUCCGCCCACCCGAGCCCGCCCUCCGAUGGCGAUGUGGUCGACGAGGACAUCCUCCCGAUGGAGAGGGCCGACACCCUCGUGGAGCUCUACAAGUCGGAGAUGAUGCCGCACUUCCCCUUCAUAAUCAUCCCGCCCACCGAGACUGGAGCCAGCCUGCGCCAUGAGAAGCCAUUCCUGUUCCUCGCCGUGCUGUCGGUCGCGAGCUUCCACGACCUGGCAGCCCAGGAAAAGCUGGGCAACAGGUUCAAGACCAUGGUCACCGACAAGGUCCUAUACGGCGGAGACGACUGCUUGAAGCUGGAAUACUUGCAAGGCUUGAUGGUGGUGUUGGCAUGGAACCAGUACCACGGGCGCUCAAAAUACUUCACACAGUAUCUGCAGCUGGCGAUUUCGAUAGCAGUGGAUAUGCGCUUGGACCGCAAGCCUGUCGUGCAGGUGCCCCGGCGGUACGAGGAUAAGCGCGAUCCUCUCGUGGCUGGCAUGCCAGGGACGCAGACGUGGGGUCCCGAAGAGCAGCGUGCGUCUGCGGGCAUCUUCUACAUUUCCUCGACGAUAUCCAAGUUACUAGACAAGAUGAACACAUACCCCUGUACACAAACCAUCGAAGAUGGGUGCUUAGCUUUGGGCCAGAGGGCCGAAUAUCGCACCGACAAGGAUCUUUACCACGUUAUACGACUGCAGAAGAUCAUCGAGAACAUAGAAACACUCGCCAAGAGCCCUGGGUCAGAGGCCGAGGCAGAAGAUGCAUACAUGCGUGUACGAUCGCAGCUAGAAGAAUUUCGAGCCUUCUUGAGCGUUGAAGUUAGCGAUAGUCAUCUUCUGUUCAUGCAGUUCCACACUGCAAAGUUGUUUCUCUUCCAGGUCGCCUUUUUCGAGCGCAACCUCCAACAGUCACCCGCAAUGCAUCUUAACAUUCUCUCGGAAGGACUUGAAGGAGCCAAAGCUUUCCUCGACCUGUACCUCUGGCUGCCACCAAAGUCCGAAAUGGCGCUCACCAACCAGGAGUGGGUCCAGCUGUCCUUUGGUGUCACUCAAGCCGCCAAGUUCGCGAUCGUGAGCAGGACACCCGCCGUAGAAGCGCAAACCAGAGAUCUCCGACACCGUUUGAACAUCGACCACAUAUUCCGGCAUCUCGCCCUACGCAUCGGCGCCCUCGUCGGCCGCUCAGGCGGAGGAGACAAGCACAAGGACAUCUUCUACCACUACGAGCAGCGCACGCGCAAGAUCCAGAACUGGUACGAGAAAAUGACGCGCGCGACAGACGCGCACUCGCCAGGUGCGCGGCACGCGGGCGGCAGGCAGUACAAUGGCUCACCGCCGCACGCGCAGGCGCCGUCGUACAGCACGCCCUCUUCUUACGCAUCUUCCACCCAGCCCUCCCCCAUGCCGGCCACCCCACUACCACAUGCACACUUGCAGCAACCCUCGCAGGUCCCGCUCUCGGCGACGUUCUCCCACCAGCAGCCCCUCCAAAACCUGAACUCUCAACUCGCACCCGUCCCGCUACCAGACGCGGGUUUCGAGGCGUCAACGAGCGUAGGCAUGAUGCCGAUGGGAUCGUACACGACCUCACAGUUCGGCAGUGUUCCAUCGAUAGCGUUCCCAGACUUGAUGAGCGCGCCGGGCUGGGACACGUUGUUUGCGGUGCCGAUGGAGGAUAUGAGUUGGCUGGUGGAUGUGAGCCAGGGAUAUGGCGGCAUGAAUGCGGCGAGUUCGCCGAGUGAGGGGGAUUGGGGGCUUGGUGGAUCGUGAGAGGAGGGCGAAUGGAGUUGGAGAUUGUGCAUGAUACCAAUGGUCGAGGUUGCCGAGGGCUACAGUUGAGGCUUAUAUCCACUUGUUCGAUUACAGGAGGUUCACGCCAUGCGUCCCGCUGCUUGUGCCCGAGGCUGCUCUCUUUGCAUCAGCAUUACCUUGUUUGGGGGUCUCGUCCGUCGGCCGGUCGGACUCGGACACGGGCAUAUCAUCCGCCCGUGCAUCUCCAUGUAUCCUGUGCCCAUAUUUGGGUACACUGCUCUGCGAACGAACCCACACCUCCCCAUAGACCCUCACUCACAUCUCCGUCCGCCCAUCCCCCACCUUCUCAGCAGCAAACACCUUCUGGCCGCCAAACCACGUCUGCA